AUGGAAUCUCAUACGCUUGAAAUUCUUCAACAAGGAGUCUGGGCAUCUCUUACAGGGGGCUGGUUUUAUGACCUUCGUCAAAAUGUAUUUUGCAACACUUUUCACUUAUACCUUUGGCUCUUUCUUCUCUGCUUUCCUUUCGUUUUACAUUUAUAUUUCGUUCCGAGUGUUGUUAUCUACAGUCUCUAUUGCGGAUUGAUCGGAAGUAUUUUUACUGUGCUAAAGUUUUUAAAUCACAGACUUCACAAAAUUUUUGACUCUGCUGAAUGUGUACAAGAAAUGUUACCUGGUGAAGAUUUACCUGAAAGCCAAAAGAAAAGAUCUAGAAUUUUAAAAAUGAAGAAUAUUGUUGAAGAUGAAGGGAUUGAACUUCAAGUUUUAAGUAAAAAAAAAGUACCAACUUUAAUUAGUAGUGGUUCAGUUUGUGAAAAUGCAAGUGAUGAAAGGAGGAUUUCAUCAGAGUGCUCAGCUAGACCAACACCAAACACUAUAGACUUUAAAGUAGAUUUUCACAGAAAAAAUAGUUCCGAGUCAUUGGAAGAAUUCCAGGAAAAUAUCAACAUUGAAAAUAACAUUCAAAUUUUGAAAGAAGAAUUUAAAGAUCAAUUGGUCGAAUUUCCACAGCCGUUAAAUUUAGAGCUUUCAAUUUCAAGACAUAAGCAUAAAUCUAAGAAUAACAAUUUAAGUUUUAAAAAUGAUGAAAGGAUUUCGGAUUUUGAAGGAGAUGAUUUUGAAAUGUCUCAAAGUGAUUGUUACAUUGCAAAACACAGAAAAAAAAGUUUCGAUGAAUUAUCUAAGGAAUACAAAAUGUCACAAUCAGACUGCCAGAUAUCAAAUUUUAAAGAAAAUACAAUCAACAUGUGUAAUAUAAAAAAAAUAUCAGCAAAUUCUCAAAGUAGUUAUAUCUGUUGUGAUAAUACUGGUAAAAACUGUUUUAUAGAUUUUUGUGAAAAUCCAAAACAUGAUACCGAUUAUUUAAAAAAAAAUAGAAUUCUCGAAUCAGAUGAUGCACCCCCAAAAUGUUCCUUUGAAAAUUCACUCUUGAAUUCAUGUAUAAACGAGAGUAAAAUUGUCAAUGCAGGGUCUCUGGAAACACCUUUGCAAAAUGUCAGUGACACAUCAUCAGGAAAAGGUUUAUUAUAUUGGAAACAACAAAAUUUAAGUAAAAGCGUAGCUGAUAAAAAAAAUUGUUAUGACAUUGAUGAAACACAUGAUAAUUUAAAAAAACUUACUGAAGGGUCGUUGCCGGAUUAUUUUAAUCAGAAUUAUCAGAAUUAUUAUUUUCAAAAAAUAAUAAAUACCAAGCCAACAAAGACAACUUGCAAAAGCCAAGAAAUUUUAAGUAAUUUUAAUGUGGGCAUCCCAAUUGAAGAUGGUCUAAAGUGUCAUUUCAAAUCACCAACGGAUUCCGAUGAGGAUUCUAGCGAUAACUGCGGAUCUCAAAGUCCUCUUUUACUGAAUUUGGAAUCCUGCAAUAAGUGCUUUACCCAUUCAUCAAAUUGUUUGGCUAUAAAGGAAACUAAUAGUGAAAAAUUAUGUAAUUGUUUUAUAGAGGAACAACUGUCUAAUUGCUCUUUAAAAUUGUGUAGUAAAAAAAACUCGGAUUUAUUAAGUCAAGAAAAUAAAUGUCGUUCGUUAUUGAACUCUGCGGAAAACCAAAGUUUACUAUUAUCAAAUAAAAAUGAUGAGGUAGAUCAAAAUGAUUUUAAAAAUCGAUUAGAAAACAAACAUUUAAAAAAUAUAAGUGAAUGUGAUUUUUGCCUAGUUUAUGUGGACACUAGAAAAAUGUGUUUUCGUCACAAAAAUCAAAAGACAUAUUUAAUAAAUUCACGAAGUGCGGAAGAUAUUUUAAUUAAAAAAAAAGAAAUUGCAAAAAUAGACGACAACGUUGAUUUAAGUUGGCUUUUUGAAAAUUACGAAGACAAAGAAAAUAAAGAUCAGGGUCCGAAUGAAAGUAAAAAACUCGAAUAUAAAAAACCUUUUCACAAGCAAGGCGCUAUACCAAAGGCUAAGCAAGCAACAGAAAUGGAAUGGAAAAAUUGUCGAAAAAAAAACUCAUCAAAAAAUUUAUUAACGAAUGAAAGAUUAAUUUCAAGUAACGAUUAUCCUUUAGAAAGCAAAAAAAUCAAAAACUCAUUUUCUUGUAAAAUUCCUACGAUCAAAAGUGAACAAGAAACGAUAAAGGAAGAAGAUAAUGUUAAUUUUCAGAUUGAGAACGAAAAUUUGAGCGUUGAAUGUGACAGGCAUUUGUGUGAUAGAAAUGAUUUAUUGAAAGAAACUUAUGAUUCGUCAAGAAGUUCAACAACGGAACUCAGUUCUUUACUUCCUUUAAGUUCUUUACUUUCUUCCUUCCAUCCACCUGCAUCUCCUUUGCUAACGGCAUUUUUAGCCACAAGAAAGGAUAUUUCCAAUGGAUACGCAAUGCCUACUGCGCAGGGUGGUGGUGGUACCACGAAAAAAAGGGCGGAUAUGAGAGAACAAAAAAUGUUGCAGUAUGUUAAUAGAAACAGGCAAAAAAGAAGUCGAAGAUUUAACAGGGGACAAAGGUCUUCAAGAGUUUCUACUCCUUUGACGGCUUUUGCUUCGAUUAUGAAUGCACAUUCAGAAACGAACACUUCGAACUUGAGUACCGACAUUUCAAUAAGCUCUCUACCGUGUCUCUGGGACGGAAAAGAGAAGUGCAUGAACAAAUUUGAAAAUAAAAACACAAACUUAUGCCAAUUUUCAAAUUUUUUAUCUAAAAUUAGCGAAAAUAUGAAUGACUUUAAAACCAAUGAAUCUAAUUGUAAUGAUAGUGAUCAAAACAUGUCUUCAUUUAAAAAUGAAAGUCAUUUAGUUUUCGACGAGGGUUUAGAGAGAACAAAUUAUUUGUGUUUUAACAAUUUCAAAGGCACAUUUAAAAAUUCCAGUUGUAGUCAUACGAUCGAUGACAUAGGUGAAAGUUCGUCUUCUGCUCAGGAAACAAUUGAUAACGAGCAUUGUUUAACCAGAAACAUUCCAAAAUCGGAAAUUUUACUGGAUGUUUGGAAAUCUAAUUGCCAUUUAAAUAUGAAAUGUUCCCCUCCUAGUAAAAAUACCGCAAUCGCAACCUCAACCGCCGCCGCAGUUAAUUUGCCUGAUAAAACUGUUUCGAAAAAUUAUAAUUUAAACGAAGAAAUAGUCAAAAUCAAUUUUCAUCAAAAAGAAAAUGUGAAUAGCGUAGGACCUGUAUGUUCACCGUUAGGAUUGACGGCCGACGACUUUGUUCCCGAUAACCAUCGACAAAGUACAUCUUUCGAUAGGACAGAAAUUUUGGAAAAUUCUCAACCUGUUGGACCGAUUCAAAGAAUAAGCGAAGAGGAAAGCGAUUCAAAUCAUUUGUGGCUCUUUGAUUUUGACGACAUGAAUGUGAAUGUGGAGCUUAAAAGAAAACCAAAACGAUAUUAUAAAUUUCAUUACACUCCGUGGAAUUAUGUUAAAAUUCGAUUCGACAGAUUGGAAUUAAUGGCUCUUUUAGAUAGAAAUCUAACUUUUUUCGAAAUAUUUAUCUCUUUGUUAUUGUCAAUUUUAGUUUCUCUAUGCGGCAUAAUAUUGUUGAAUUAUGGAUUUUAUCGCGAUUUUUUUGCAUUUCUUUUUUGUUUUGCCUUGGCAGGAUGUCAAUAUUCAUUAUUGAAAAGCGUUCAACCCGAUGCCACGUCUCCCACUCACGGUUACAAUCGAAUCGUUGUAUUUUCUCGAGCUAUUUAUUUUUGCCUUAUUUCAUUAUUAAUUCUAUCAUUGACCGCUUAUCUUAAUAAAAAAACAAGUUUAUCAUUUCAAUUUUACAGUAUUCAAUUCGAUAAUGGCAAUAUUAUAAGAAUUUUUCGAGAUUGUUUAGUUAAUUUACUCUUGUUUUUCCCCGUUUUGUUCACUUUGGGGUUUUUCCCUCAAAUCAAUACCUUUUGCCUGUAUUUUUUAGAACAGCUGGAUGUGCAUUUGUUUGGAGGCAAUGCGAUGUCGAGUUUGGUCGGAGCAAUUUAUUGUGUGAUUCGCAGUAUUAUUGUCUCCGCAUUUAUAUACGGUUUUGCUUACGGUGCCUUAAGCGAAACUAAAACGAGUCAGCACAUUUUAUUUUCUAUUUUUUGUGGUCUUUUAAUUUCGUUUAGCUACCAUUUGUCUCGGUCGACGAGUAACCCAACUUUAUUUUGGGAAAUAGUAAAGGAAUAUUUUUUUCAAGAUGAACUCCAACAUAAAAUUCAUUUGAAUGAAAUGGAAAGUGAAUUAAGUAAAAACAAACUCGAAAAAUCAGUUAACGAUUCUUUGAAAAGCGAGGAUCGAAACAGUCAAAAUAAUCUAUUACUCAGCAGUAAUCCUUCAUCCAAUGAAAUAUUAAAAAUAAGAGACGAUAAUGUUAGAUCAAACUCAUCUGCAACUUUAGAAAAUGUCGAUAGCAGUUGCAACAGUUUUGUAAUUUCCGGUGAGAAAAAAGAGUGUGAUAAAGAAGACAAAUUUGUCGAUCCUCUUCCUCAAAAGCUAAAACGAACUGUAAAUGCUCGAUUGAAAAAUGAUGCCAUAAUUUGUACGUUCGUGGGUCUUUUAGUAUUUGGAAUCCACAGCUCCACUCUUUUCACUAUUUUACAACCGGAUUUAAAUCCUAUAUUAUGGGGCAUUGCGGGGUGCUCUGGAUUUGUUCUUCAUUAUGUCGUUCCGGAAAUGAGAAAACAUCUUCCGUGGCUAUGCUUAGCGAAGCCGGUUUUGAAGGGUUACGAACAUGCUCAGUUUGAAGUAAGAAAAGCAGCGAGAGUUAUGUGGUUUGAAGAGACAUACGUCGUUUUGUGCUUUUUGGAAAAAAAUUUAUUGUAUCCCGUAUUAGUUUUAGCAACUUUAACUUAUGAUGGACCUAGAAUUUGCCAUAAGUUUGGCGUUCCUCUGGGUGCUCUAGUGACUAGCAUAUGCGGAUUAAAAAUAAUGCGAAGUGCAUUUUCUAACACUUCUCAACAAUAUCUCAUUGUUGUUUUUUCAGCAUUGAUUUUUGAAUUCGAUUAUUAUUCGUACAGUGAAACUUUUCUGGUUGAUUACUUUUUUACUGGCAUAGUAUUUUCAAAAGUUUACGAAUUUUUAUUGAAGAUUCAGUUUGUUGUAAUUUAUAUCGCACCUUGGCAAAUCACAUGGGGAUCAGCUUUUCAUGCAUUUGCUCAACCUUUUUCAGUACCUCAUUCGGCUAUGCUUUUCAUUCAAGCUGCUCUCUCGGCAUUUCUUUCGGCUCCCUUAAAUCCAUUUCUUGGUAGUGCCAUAUUUCUUACUUCUUACGUUCGUCCAAUAAAAUUUUGGGAAAGAGAUUAUAACACAAAGCGAGUUGAUCACUCUAAUACAAGGAUGUCGUGUCACAUAGACAGGAAUUUAGGAUCGGAUGACAACAAUUUAAAUUCAAUUUUUUAUGAACACUUGACCCGAUCUUUACAACAUAGUUUAUGUGGAGAUUUGGAAUUGGGACGUUGGGGACUUGUAAGCCAAGGAGAUUGUUUCGUUUUGGCAUCUGAUUAUCUUAACUGUCUUGUUCACAUUAUUGAAAUUGGAAAUGGAUUGGUCACUUUUCAAAUGCGUGGACUCGAAUUUCGAGGAACUUAUUGCCAGCAACGUGAGGUAGAAGCUAUAUCAGAACGAGUUGAAGAUGACGAUGGUUGCUGUUGUUGUGAUCCGUGUCAUAUUCCGCAUCUUUUAAGUGUCAACGCAGCUUUUUCUAAAAGAUGGUUAGCAUGGGAAGUGACAGCUUCUAAAUAUGUUCUAGAAGGUUAUUCUAUAUCUGAUAAUUCUGCCGCCUCAACAUUGCAAGUCUUUGAUUUUAGAAAGGUUUUGGUCACAUAUUACGUUAAGAGUAUAAUUUAUUUCUGCAUUCGUUCUCAUAAACUUCAAAGUUGGCUAACAAAUCCGACAAUUCUUAAGGCGUUAGAAACGUUUGCCGAUAGGUCUUUCGUUGAUUUGGAUCCAGUGUUUAAUAUAAACAUCGAUCAAGAUUUUGAUAUUCACGCCGAGGGUAUAACAAAAAAUUCCUUUUGUAACGUUUAUUUAGAAUGGAUUCACUAUUGCUGCUCAAAACGGGAAAAGCUUCUCGAUAAAGCAUUGGAGACGCCUUUAAUAUUACUCUGUUUGGCAUUAAGUUUAAUCGGUCGGAGAACUCUUGGUACGGCCUCACACAACACGGUAUCCAGCGUCGAAUUUUUCCUAUACGGAUUACACGCUCUUUUCAAAGGAGAUUUUAGAAUAACGAGCGCUCGCGACGAUUGGAUAUUUGUAGACAUGGAAUUUUUGUUAAAAGUAAUCGCUCCUGGUGUGAGAAUGAGUUUGAAAUUACAUCAAGAUCAUUUCAUGAGCCCUGAAGAAUAUGAAGAUCCGAGUGCAUUAUUCCAAGCCAUAUCCAGCCACGAGGAAAAUUUAGUGAUUUCUCACGAGGGAGAUCCGGCUUGGAGAAGUGCCGUGUUAUCCGGAACUCCUUCAUUGUUAGCUUUAAGGCAUGUGCUAGACGACGGAUCUGACGAAUACAAGAUAAUUAUGUUGAAUAAAAGAUUUCUUAGUUUUCGAGUUAUAAAACUGAAUCGAGAGUGCGUAAGAGGAUUAUGGGCUGGACAACAGCAGGAAUUAGUUUUUCUAAGAAACAGAAAUCCUGAAAGAGGAUCCAUUCAAAACGCAAAACAAGUUUUGCGCAACAUGAUUAAUUCUUCUUGCGAUCAACCAAUCGGUUAUCCAAUUUACGUUUCUCCUCUUACAACAUCAUAUUCAGAUACAAAUAAACAAUAUACAAGUAUUCUCGGAGGACCCAUUUCUUUUAAAAAACUAAGAAAUUUUGCUUUGAAAUUAUGGAGAAGAAUAGGAAAAAGAUGUAGGCAGGGAUGUUCAAGUGGAGGUGUUAAUAGCAGGGAGGACGGAGGAUGCGUUUUUGGUCAGGAAGGUGUUUAUGCAAUGAAUACUGCUAAUACCAAUUCCGGCCAUGGUUAUAACACGUCUGGAAGUAUAUCGAUUGAUUCUAGCCAAAUUCAAUUAAAUUCAUGUAACAGAGGAGGUUCACUAGGAAGGGGUUCCGUUGGCGGAAGAGGAUCCUUUGCAUCCGUUGGAAAACCCAGCAGUGCUACAUUGGCCAGCUUGGCGGGACUACUUUCAUCGACUGAAAUACCAAAGAACGAUUGUUUUGUUCGCGAAAAAGAUACUUCUUUUACAUUUCUUAAAGAAAAGCAAAAUCGUGAGGAUAAAGAUUUGAAUAAAAAAAUUGAAGAUAAAAAAGACGAAAAAGAUAAAAGGAGAGGAAGGGAUAAAAUGACGGUGUGUUCUUCACCUAAUUUUUCUGAUGAUAAUAAAACCAAAGAAAAAAUUUACCAGAGAGUUCGAAUUAUUCAACCGACUCUUGUUUACGAUGCGAUUAAUCUUGGCCGACGAAUAGAUGUUUUGUGGCCGGACGAAGAAAUGAGAAUGAAAGGAGGAAGAUCAUAUUGGAAAGAUUGGUUGCCGGAUGCGGGAAUGGAAGGCCAAGUAGUUCAUCGCUGGAUCCCAAAUCACGGAGAUCCAGCAAAAAGAUCAAACGUUGAUAAAACAAUAUUAUUAGUUCAAAUAGAUGAUAAAUUUAUACCGAUAGCCGAAACCGGAGUUCAAGAUUUAGGAGUAGAAGUUUAAUAAAAAUAAAUAAAUAAUAAUAAUAAUAAUUAUUAAAUAAUAAUUUGA